AUGCGCCUCUCGCUCACGACUCUCCUACUCCUGCUCGCGACUAGUAUCCUCGCGCAGGACACCGCCGACGUUGCAGGUGAGAACGACGUCAUGGGCGGCACGGACCCCACCCCGACCGACGGGGGCGAGGGGGAUGCCGCACCCACUCCGGCCGCCGACUCUGGUGAUGCGACUGACACCGGCGAAGGUGGUGGUGGUGGUACCGGCAGCACGGGCGCCGACGACAACUCGCUCGAGAACACCAAGGACCUGACCCAGCCCUGGAACAUCACCUACUUCACUUACCCGACGCGUAACAAUUAUUGGGUCAACGACAACGAGAACAAGGCCACCUGGGCUCCGGUCAACGUGGCAACGAACCUGAUGCUGUCGCACAGCAACACCUCCAUGCUCCCACAGCGCAUCAUGCUGCAGCAGAACAUCCCCGGCGGUGUCGGUACGUUCGCGACCAAGAUCACGGGCUACACGCCCGGCAACAACUAUCUGCUGGUUCUGUCGAUUGCGGGGAACCCGGACCAGAAACUCGCCCAGUCUCAGGGCUUCUACAUCAAGGCGAACGGCACGGCCGCCCCACAGCAGGUCACCGCUCAGGGGAACCAGGCGACUGCGUCUGCAGUCUCCAACGGCGGCAGCACGCAGCCCGGGUCCGGCGAUCCGGCCAAGAUGCAGCAGGAGAAUGCCGCCCCGUCUGAUGGCGGUACGGGCAACGGAGCCAGCGCCUCGCCCAACGCUAAUGCUCCUGCAGGACACUCAGCCGCUGAGAGGGUUGGUGUCUGGACGGGCGUUGGGGUCGCGAUGGGCGCUAUGGCGGCCGCGGUUGUCGCGCCUCUCAUCCUCCUCGCAUAG